CCCGUCUUUGCUGCUUUAAGGGCAUCUGGCAUGAGGGGUAACCCUGGCAACGGGGAAGUUGUUGGGCUCUCCGAGUACAGUCAUUUCUGCAGGAUGUUGUGUUUUCAGGAGCUGCGACGACGGCGUGGAAGCAGGAGGAGGAUGACUCAUUAAUUCGGGCUGCGCUCCCACUGCAGGCGGAGAGAGGGAACCACCAGCCUCUCCUCCUCCUCCUCCUCCUCCCAGCUCAUUCUUUCCUACUCGGUCUCUGGCCGGUCCUGAAGCAUCUCGGGAGGCUGGAACGACACUGAUCCCAGACCGACGCCGACUCUCCGACCAGCAGCCAGCAAUCAGACCUGCAGCCGUUCUGCCUCCACCUCAUCCUUCCUGCAAAAGAUGGCGACCCCCAAGAUGCCCCGCGGUGCCAGCACCCCGCUGUCCCCCAACCGGAUCACCCGGCUCCAGGAGAAGGAGGACCUGUGCAACCUGAACGACCGGCUGGCCGUCUACAUCGACAAGGUUCGCUCGCUGGAGGUGGAGAACGCCGGGCUGCGGCUGCGCAUCACCGAGUCGGAGACGGAGGUGACGCGUGAGCUGACGGGCCUGAAGGCCGCCUACGAGACGGAGCUGGCCGACGCCCGCCAGACGCUGGACUCGGUGGCCAAGGAGCGCGCCCGGCUGCAGCUGGAGCUGGGCAAGCUGCGGGAGGACCACAAGGAGCUGAAGGCCAGGAACUCCAAGAAGGAGUCGGAGCUGACGGCGGCCCUGCAGAGGCUCAAGGACCUGGAGGCCCUGCUGAACUCCAAGGACGCCACCCUGACCACGGCGCUGGGGGAGAAGCGCAGCCUGGAGGUGGAGACCCGGGACCUGAAGGGGCAGGUUGGAAAGCUGGACGGCAGCCUGGGCGACGCCAAGAAGCAGCUGCAGGACGAGAUGCUGAGGCGGGUCGACGGGGAGAACCGCAUCCAGACCCUGAAGGAGGAGCUGGAGUUCCAGAGGAACCUGCACUCCGAGGAGCUGCGCGAGACUAGGCGGCGCCACGAGUCCCGCGUGGUGGAGCUGGACAACGGCCACCAGCAGGAGAUCGAGAGCAAGCUGUCCGAGGCGCUGACCGACAUGCGCAGUCAACACGAGCUGCAGGUCAAGAUGUACAAGGAGGAGGUGGAGAAGACCUACAGCUCCAAGCUGGACAACGCUCGCCAGUCCGCGGACCGGAGCAGCCACCUGGUCGGGGCGGCCCACGAGGAGCUGCAGCAGACCCGGAUCCGGCUGGAGUCCACGUCGGCCCAGCUGAGCCAACUGCAGAAGCAGCUGGCGGCCCGUGAGGCGAGGGUGCGGGACCUGGAGGACGCCCUGUCCCGGGAGCGGGACACCACCCGGCGCCUGCUGGGGGACAAGGACCGCGAGAUGGCGGAGAUGCGGCAGCAGAUGCAGCAGCAGCUGGACGAGUACCAGGAGCUGCUGGACGUGAAGCUGGCGCUCGACAUGGAGAUCUGCGCCUACCGGAAGCUGCUGGAGGGCGAGGAGGAGCGGCUCCGUCUGUCCCCCAGUCCGCCUCCCAGCCGGGUGUCGGGGGGUCGAUCCUCGGGGUCUCUCUCCCGGUCCGUCCACUACGGGGCCCGGGGCUCGCCCGCCAAGCGGCGCCGGCCCAACGACACCGACAGCGAGGCCUCCAGCUUCGGGGGCGGAGGCCUGGCCCGGACCCGCAUCACCCAGCAGGCGUCGGCCAGCGGUCGGGUCACCGUGGACGAGGUGGACCUGGACGGGAGAUACGUCCGGCUGGGCAACAAAUCUGACGAGGACCAGAGUCUGGGGAACUGGCAGGUGAGGCGCCAGGUGGGGUCCGGCGCCGCCGUCGCCUUCAAGUUCCCGGCCAAGUUCACCCUGAAGGCGGGCCAGCGAGUGACGAUCUGGUCCUCUAAUGGCGGCGGGACCCACAACCCUCCCUCGGACCUGGUGUGGAAGACGCAGACGACCUGGGGCACCGGGGACCAGUUCCAGACCACCCUGGUCAGCGCCGGCGGGGAGGAAAUGGCGAUGAGGAAGGUCACCCGCACGCAGCUGGAGGACGAGGACGAGGACAUGCAGGUGGCGCACAGCGCCUGCGCAGACAGCGAGUACAACCUGCGCAGCCGCACUGUGGUGUGCGGCUCGUGCGGGCUCCCGUCGGACAAGUCCAGCUCGUCGUGCGCGUCCUCGCCGCGCAGCGGUGGCCUGUCCGAGGCGCUGCUGCCGCGCACGUACGUGUUCAGCACGAGCACGAGCCGCAAGACCGGCGCCUGGACGGAGAGCUGCCCGGUCAUGUGACCGGUCACGUGACCCGCUGCCGCCGAGGUCACGUGCUUCUCCUGCUUCUUUCCUCCUGUUAGUUGCUUCUCUGAUGAUCAAUAAAAGGUUGUAAUCAAACAUAUCAAACACAUCACGAGCUGAACGUGAGACGCUUUUAUCGUUUCAUGAAAAAUAUCAGCAGGUUUUGAAUUUGACGUCUUUAAAAUGAGGUCAUCACGUAAAAUCAUUACAAGGAAAAACCCAUCUGCUGUUUUCAGACAUUCAAAAUGAUCAAAAACACUUUGAUAAAUUGGACUUUUACUAAACUUGGUUUUAAGUACGGAAGAGUAUUAGGGCCAGGCAGGAAAAAAAUAUUUGAGAGAGGAAGAUUUUUUUUUAUUGUGCACAUCGAGUAAAAAAUUGAAAUGUCAAGAUUAAUGUUGAAAUACAAUUUUGAGAAAAAAGUCAAAAUGUCGAAAAUAAUGUUGACACACAAUUUCAAGAAUAAAGUCGAAAUUUCAUGAAUAAAGUCGAAAUUUUGUGAAUAAAGUCAAAAUUUCAAAAAUAAAGUUGAAAUACAUUUUGACUUUUUUCUCGAAAUUGUACUUCAACAUUAAUCUCGACAUUUUGACUAUUUUCUCGACAUUUCAACAUUUUUCUCGACAUUUAGAUUUUUUCUCGAAGUGCAUAAUGAAAAGAAAAUCUUCCUCCUCUAAAAUAUUAUUUUUAUUUCUCUCCUGCCUGGCCUCAAUAGUCUUCCGUAUUUAAGGAUUAAGAAGAAAUGAUCGUAUAUUUUUUUGCUUUUCGAUCCUAGUUUAUACUCUCGAUCAGAAUCAGAAUCAAAAAGAAGUUUAUUGCCAAGUAGUUUAACACACACAAGAAAUUUGUUGUGGUGAUUGGUGCAAUACAAAAGAGCAAAUAAUAUUCAAGGAGAAAAUGUACAACAAGUUGGUUGUAAAGUGCCGGAGUAACGAGUCUGUACAAAGGUGACCUGGGAUGUGCGUUAAUGUAACGAUACAUUCGAUAAUGGGUUCAUGAGACUGCUAAUAUCUCCUUCUAUUUUCAUUUACUUUUUUAAACAUUUUUUAGGACUUUAGAUCUUUUAUAUGAUGUAUAUUUGCAUGCUUAGAGGAUAUUUUCUGCUAGAUUUGCUCACCAGGAAGUAAACACGCCCCGCCCUGCAAGGCCGGAGGGUUUCCCAGCUUUCCUGACGGCUGCUGAUACUUUGUAUUUUUGC